UCCAGCUCUUCAAGGGCGCUUCCGCAAGCGCGCGCUCUGCACAGGUUUAUCUGAAACGGAUGUUCGCACGCAUCGAAUGAGCUUUUGAUUUAACUCUAUUUACCCUACGUUUACCUUAAGACAUCACAAUGCCAAAGUCAAAGGAAAUGUUGUCUUCUACCUCAGACAGUGGCUCUGACAGUGAAGUUGACACGAAGGCCAAAAGAAAGAAGCAAGCAACACCAGAAAAGCCAUCAAAGAAACGAAAAGUUGGAGAAACCUCAAAAGUGUCUUCUGCCUCUAAAAGCAGUAGCAGUAAAAAUGACAAUAUGUUCCAGAUAGGAAAGAUGAGAUAUGUGAGUGUUCGGGAUUUCAAGGGAAAAGUGCUCAUUGAUAUCCGGGAAUACUGGAUGGACCAAGAAGGUGAAAUGAAACCAGGCCGGAAAGGUAUUUCACUGAACCCAGAGCAGUGGAACCAACUAAAAGAGCAGAUAAGUGAGAUUGACGAUGCCGUGAGGAGAACAUAAGCCCUGCCUGCAAUUCACUGAUACCUGGAUGCUUUUUUUUAUUUUAAUUUCUUAAAAGAUUCUUGCUCUGCAGUUCUGCUUGUGUUGUCCUCCAAAGCCCAAACACAGUAUCUAUACCUUCUCUGAAUUGGCCAAGGGACAGAUCACAGUCUAAGUGACCUGUCAUAAAUUUGACAAA